CUUAAAAUAUGCACCCCCAUCAUCUAGAAAAUAGUACAGAUCUCGUUUCAUCACAUCACUCCCUCCCCUUUCAAAUUAUGACCACCCCACUUCCACUCCUCCUCCUCCUCCUCCCCUUCCUCCUCUUCCUCUCCCCCGCCAUGGCAACCCAUGACGCCACCACCAUGACCGCCCAACAGUUUAGAGAAGCACCUCAGUUCUAUAACUCCCAAGACUGCCCUUCAAUCACCACCCUCCCCGACGAUGACGUGGACCCCGAUGGAUCAGACGACGGCCACAUGAUUUGCUCUCCUCAAGCAGUCCACGUGGCAAUGACUCUCGACACCGCCUACAUCCGCGGCUCCAUGGCCGCGAUCCUCUCCAUCCUCCAACACUCCUCCUGCCCCCAAAACGCAGUCUUCCACUUCGUCGCCUCCGCCGCCGCCAACGCCUCCCACCUCCGCCAAACAAUCUCCACCUCAUUUCCCUACCUGAAAUUCCGAAUCUACUCCUUCGACGACUCCCACGUCUCCGGCCUCAUCUCCAUCUCCAUUCGCUCCGCCCUCGACUGCCCCCUCAACUAUGCUCGAUCCUACCUCGCCGACCUUCUCCCCCUCUGCGUCCGUCGCGUCGUCUACCUCGACUCCGACCUCAUCCUCGUCGACGACAUCGCCAAGCUCUCUGCCACUUCCCUCGGAGGCGGCACCGUCCUCGCCGCCCCGGAAUACUGCAACGCCAACUUCACCUCCUACUUCACCUCUGCCUUCUGGUCCAACCCCUCACUCUCCCUCACCUUCGCCGACCGCCACGCCUGCUACUUUAACACUGGCGUCAUGGUCAUCGACCUCGACCGGUGGCGAGGCGGCGACUACACCGCAAAAAUAGAGGAGUGGAUGCAUCUCCAGAAGAGAAUGCGGAUCUACGAGCUCGGAUCCCUCCCGCCGUUUCUUUUGGUGUUCGCUGGGAAAAUCGCUCCUGUGGAGCACCGGUGGAACCAGCACGGGCUCGGCGGCGAUAACUUCAGGGGGCUUUGUCGGAAUCUGCAUCCGGGCGCAGUGAGCCUGCUGCAUUGGAGCGGGAAGGGGAAGCCGUGGGCCCGGCUGGAGGCCAAUCGGCCCUGCCCGCUCGAUGCUCUCUGGGCUCCUUACGAUCUCUUGGAAACGCCAUUUGUUCUGGAUUCGUGAGGCGGACAACGGUGCCGUCUUGUGGAAGCUGCAGAGUCACAGACUGAGACUCUGAAUUUCGCGUCGUGGUUUUGGGGAACGAGCGAGCUCUCGGAGAUGAUCAGUCUUUUGGGAUUUGUUUGUAGAUUAUGCUACUACUACAGGUAUUAUUUCAGGAACAUGAAAAAAAGUACGUAGCUGAUGAAAUACUGGAAGUAUCUGGGGAGAAAAUUAAUUAAUUCAGAAAAAAAAAAAAAAAAAAAAAGGGGAAGAAGAAGAAAUAAAUGGAACAACGCUCAUGAAUUUCUGUCACCAAUAUUAUGCGUUGAAAUGCAUAUAAUUGUAUAAUACAGGCGUCUGUAAUCUUCACGUAUAGCAAAAGAGCUGUUUUUGGUGGCUUAAUUAAUUCAUGGUAAUUUUGAUUUCAA